AACUUCGCAUAAACCCCAAAUUCCCCAUAGAAACUGCAUUAAUCCUCCGAGUUGGUGUUGAAUCUGGUGAUCCACUGUAAGUAAUAAGUUCUAAUGAACAUCUAAUCUUACUAAUAAGAGGAAUCCUUAGGAGGUAAGGCAAUUCAUUGUUUCACAAAGUCCUCUCUGAGAAUUUUCAUAUUCAUCAAAGCAGCAAUUGCUUAGUUUAAUUAGGUAUCCUCCAUGGCGGGACAAGAGAGUGUUUCUCUUCUAACCCCUCCUACUCCAAUCAGUACUCAACCAACAACAGAGAUUGAUCUUGAAGCAGGAGGAUCACUUGAACAAAAUCAGUGCAGAAUUUGUCUUGAAACUGAUGAAAGGGGUUUCAUUGCUCCAUGUAUGUGCAAAGGAACGGCGAAGUACGUGCACCGUGAAUGUUUAGAUCAAUGGAGGUCCAUCAAGAGUAUGUGCAUGCUCUCGAGUCUCGGCAGUUGUUGGUGCAUUGAUGUAUUUUUAAUGCGUUUAAAUCUGAUUCAUUACGCUCAUUGCACAACUUGCAAGGCCCAAUACCACCUGAGUGUGCAAAGUACGGUCGUAGAUAGGAAAUGGCGAACGCUGAAGUUCCGUUUCUUUGUCACUAGAGAUAUAUUUUUCAUUUUUAUCUGUUUCCAGCUGGCAAUUGCUUUAUUGGCGUAUUUGGUGUAUCUUGUUGAUGCAUCUCAGAACUUCGCGCUACGCUUGGCCUUGGAAUUUCCUGGCGUAGUUAGCUUCUAUUACAUAUGUGGGGCAUUGCUGCUUUUUGUUUUGAUUGGAUUGUCUGGUUGCUUUCUGACGUGUUUCGACAGUAGAGUGAGAGGUGAUCUAGCUCAGCCAUGUCGACAAUUGACUGACUGUUGCUGCAGCUGUGGGUGUAGAGACCCUCGGUGUCCCGCUGCAUGUUUAAUGUCAUGCUAUCAGGGUUUAACAAGCGCUGGAGAUUGUGCUUGCUUACCAGUUGCUGGCGAAGGAGCAUCGUUAUUUAUCAUUGGUGCAGUGAUCACACUAGUACUCUUCGUGUUCUUUGGAUUGAUCUAUAGCAUUCUUGUGGCUACAAUUGCUGGGCAAAGAAUCUGGCAAAGGCACUAUCACAUACUUGCAAAGAUGAUGCUGACAAAAGAGUAUGUAGUUGAGGAUGUGGAUGGCUUGGCGACGGAUUCCAAUUGGUCCCCACCUCCUCUUCCACCCGAGCAUGUUGAGCAGCUGAAGGCACUUGGUCUCCUGUAAAUUCACACCUGCCUAGUACCGGAUCUAUCACAAAGAGAAACAUACAUAACAUAGGUUAAAUUGCCUUCUUAAUUUUUCUGGUUGUCACUUCUAUGCACUUGCAAUGGUAAUGUCGAAUAUUAUUGAAGGUGGAAUUUAGAAUCUCAUAUAUAAAACUUACCAUUCAUAAUGAAGUAACUGAACCUUUCUUUUGUUUUGCUAACAAGCUUCAAAAUAACAAGCAACCAAUCAUUUCUUCCUCUACGAAAUCCACAGGAGGGGUGGGUUCGUCAUCUGGCAGGCGCAUUUUCAGUUCCCCCCUUUCCAUGUAUUGAUUUUUCCUGCAUUUUCAGUUUUUCUCCUGUCCUGUGUUGAUCUUUUACAUUUCAGAUUUAUGAGUCGACUCAGCUCAGUUUGACUCAUUGUACCUGACUCAUCUAAACAUAACCAAAUGUAAUAAACUUUCAUCCAAAUAUAAUCAA